CAACCAAAACAUGAUGCAAUCGCCGCAUCACUGAAUUAUUCGCACUCAUCGAACGGCCGUCGAACGCAGGUAAAACGUCGUAAAGUCGACGUGUAGGUGAUGCUGAAGUACAUUGGUUUCUCAGCAUGCAACCGUAGUGCGCGCUGUAGUGGUUUUACCUGGCAUUUUCAUAAUCGAUCUCCAAGGCAUUUAGUGGAUGAGGGGGAAAAGUGUAGUCGCUUUGAGCCACUAUGUUCAAAAGAUGCAUUCAUGUUGCAAGCCAGGCGGUACUGCUAUACUGUUCAGGCACUGCGAGGGGAGCUUUUGGCGUUAUGGAGAGGGGAUCUGACUAUUAAACGGUGGGCAGGUCGGUGGGUGAUGGUUGAGCACUAUGUGGGGUUAUGCAACACUGCUCGCGCGUUGUCAGUGUAGCGCGCGUGGCCGCCCGUGCCUGACGGAAUGAGGAGACAGUGCCGUGGCAUCGACUGACGCGCUACUGCGACAUGGUAUACGAGCCAGGCUGUUGGCCUUAAUUCUCCCGGUGUGUGAUGUUCAAACAUGAACCUUCCCUUAUGCUGCCGUCCCCGUCGUGGUAUAAUAACCGUUAGUUGGACGGCCUGCCAUAGUCUAAUUCCCCUGACCUCGCCUUGACAUUGUUAUCCGGUGAUCCUUUUUACAGAAGAAGAUGAGCCUUCAAGUUCGGCUGGCUGACGAUGGAUGGUUUGGAGUUUACUUUGUCAAGAUCGGGAGGAUGUUUACACCGUGGCCGUGAGUUUACUCUCGUGAGGAUUGCCUAAAAUGUUUACAGCGAGUCGCUUCAUUCGAUAAGACCGUUUCAAUGUAACAGGAAACGUAUAAAUCUCGAGUUUGUUGCGCCUAGGAGACCAAACCUGUGCCUUUUAUACUUUGUACGACUACCCACCUGGUCACAGAAAUCGGCUGGUCGUUUCUCGAGCCCGGUUAAACCACUUUUCUUGUGCAACUUCAAGUAAGUUUUGUGAGUUGUGGUGGAGCUCGUUGCCGUGGUUCAAAGAAAGUGGCGUCGACAAACUCCAAUCACGUUUCUUCACCGCCCCCCUCAGGCGGCCCGCCGACGCAGCCGCAGCCGAGGCGGCCGCUGAGGAAACGGUUGAAGCCCCCGGCCUUAACCAUGGUCAUCCUGCGCUGCUUCCGCCUCAUCUGCAUCAGUGGGGUCGUGGUCAGCGCUAUCUCCUUCGUCCUGGGCACCCUGGCCAUAUCCACCGGCUCCUGGCUGCUGGCCCAGGGGAAGGUGCCCCCCAUGCAGUUCCCGGACAACCCGGUGCCGUCAGACCCGGUCAUCACCACUCCGGGAAACUUAUCCGAUGUCGGCACGAACAGCACGGACAACGCAACCACCACACCCACCGUCGCCACCAGUGCUUCAAUGACAGAACUGACCGCGACGACGGGCCAACCCACGGCCGAGGCAGCGACGCGAUCGACGGGGACGACGCCUCAGACGGAUGCCGGUGAAAAUGCAACCACCGCGAAUCCGGAACUUGAAAUGAACACAGUAUUAGCAACCAGUGGCCUUUGGCAUAUAUGUCAAGCAAACCUAGAGAACGGGGUCGUCGUAGGUGAUUGGGUGUGCUCCAACAUCAUCCACAACUUGGCUUCGAUGACAAAUACAAAACAAUUGACGAUUGUUGCGGCUCGAUCAGCGAAUCUCAUAUCAUCCUAUUGGGUCACGCCACCGUCUGAUCUAACAGUGUACAUAGAGACGUCCGGAGUGUAUUUUCAGUCCAUGUUGGCGUUUGAACUUAUCAGUGUGGCAGCAACGCUGGCGGGCUGCUGCAUAGCAACAAUCGCCAUCUACAAGAAACAGCCGUUGGCCGUCCUGGUAGCCGCAUUCACUAUGUUCUUUGCAGGAAUGUUCAUGUUAGUUGGUCACCUAAUGAUGCUCAGUAUCCACAAAGCCAAGAACGGCGAGACCACCGAAAAUAGCUGGUACUACGGCUGGUCCUUCAUCGUGGCCUGGCUGUCCUUCUGCCUGUGCCUGAUCUCCGGAAUCAUAAACUGUGUCGUGUACAGGAACUUCCGCAAGAUGUCGGAGGAAUUAACUGGGACGCCCUCUCGCGUCAAGUACGCCAACAGACCGCCGCCAGUCAGCCUCGGCUCCAGCAUUUGAAAGUGGCGUUCACAAUCUUUCGGUGGUGGAUUCAGAAUGACAUAAUCAAAAUACUUGUUCAUCUUUUCCCAUGGUUUUUAUAUCGAUUACGGCCUUCAAUAAUAUAAUCAAAGUAUGUGUUAGUUGUUUUCGGAUUAUCCAAUGGCGAUCGCGCCUCUCUUUCGGUAUAGGUUAUGUACAUAGAUUGGUUUGUUUUGAAAAUUGACAACACUGAUUUUUUAAUUAGCAAAAUUGUCCGUUUGAUGAACGAACUUUGAAAGACUUGAUUCAUGUCGACGGUUGGCGCCGAUAAACGGUUGACGCGGGCACCCCACCGCUUGCAGAACAGCUUGCAUGUCAUUCUUGGAACACGCAUGAGAAAGAGAGAGAAAAAAAACAAGAACCGAAAAUGACCGCUUAAGGCUUCCGUACAACUGAGCAAAAAUAGCUUGCCAGUGAGGGCGGUUUCGUCAACAGCCAUUAGUAGAAUUAUGAUGACGAAAUGUUAUGACACAACACAUUAUUUUGAGCUUCGGUGGACAAAGAUACAAUUCAGAUCCAUCGGCGGAUCUGUCGGCUUACAGUUAAGCAACGUUCAUAACAGGUCAGUCAUUAUUAUUAUUAAUCAUUUCUGGUAAUACACUGAGUAUACAGUGUUUAAACGUCGGUGAAGGGCAA